CCACGGUAAAUAUGUGUUUGAUGUCUGUGCUGGAUGUUUUUAGAGAGAUCUAGGUUCAGGUGAAGCAAGUGGCUCUCCCUUGUUAAUAAGAGAUUGUAGGAAAAGCUAGCUCAAAGGACUUGGAUAUAGCAAGAACUUGAAAUUUUGCUGUAUUCUGCGCGGAAUCAUGCCUGGGAUUUGGGUGGAUUUCCUUGUCCAAGGUUGGAAAAUUGAAGAGCACCAUAACUUUGAGCUCUGUUUUCAGGUACGGGAAAUAAGUGCAUUGGCUGGAAGCAGCAGGCAGCGUCAACCUCUGUUGAAGGGUGGUUCAGUUACUCUGCUCAGGUGUUCAACUUCCAAAUGCUGUGUUAUAGAGCUUAGGGCCUGCUUAAGAGCUCUUACUGAAGGAGUGGAGGUGAGGAAGGACAAGGGGAUGAUGACAAUAAUCACUAGAAUUGGUCUGCAGAAUUGGAGACAUCUACUUGCAAUUCAGAAUGGCCCCUACUAUCGCCCACUUACUCUGCCACAACAGACAAUCAAGUACUACUGUUAGAUUCCUAUCUCUGGAUUCUUUUUCACACUCAAUUUCUGGGAAUUUCUGCAAGGCCAAACUCUUUGGUAUCGUAUUAAA